AUGUCAUUCCUUACAGAUUGUUUGCCUUCAAAUGCUCACGGUCAAGUUAUUCCUGCUAAGGAACAGACAUAUAAUGUAGUUAUCAUGAUGCAUGGAUUAGGAGAUUCUGAACAAAGCUUUGCACAAGCUGCAAGGAAUAUCCCAUUACCGAACACAUCCUAUAUAUCUUUACGAGGUGUAUAUCGGCUUCCUCUUGACUUUGGUACACCGGAAGGAAACUGGAUGUGGGGAGAAGAUGUUCAUUUUGACAUGAAGGGGGAUCUAGAAUCCGAAGCAGAUUUUUCCAAAUGCCUUUCAGUUCUUAGAGAACUAAUUAGGCGCAUUGUUGACAGGGGAAUACUCUCAACGCGCAUUUUCUUCUUUUCCUUUGGACAGGGUGGUAUGGCAGCUUUAUAUUGCGUGUCGCAACUAGCCUCGACAUACCAGUUCGGUGGUGUUUUUUCUUUUGGAGGAAAACUGCCUUUAGCUAUGACACUGCCCUCGUCUCCCUUUCCCAUUUCUGUGUAUUUAUUUGAGAAGCGUAAAAAUAGUAGCCUUGAUGACUAUGAAGAAAGCCGGUUGAAGAGAACUUUCCGAUCAGUACAAAGGAUAUGUUGGAACAGAGAUGAAAAAACAGACAUGCCCUCUUCCCCCAGAGAAUGGUAUGUUUUUAUAGAAACAAUCAGCAAGAAACUAUAUGUUCAUAACAGACUAUACGAAGAUGCAAUUCAACUAUCGUAAUAGAAUAUGAAAAUGAAAACUUAUAUUUGGAAAUUUACUCACAAUUAAAUAAUUAUAGCUAUUCAACAGUUUUAUAUCUAGCAUAUUGU